AUGCCGACUGAGUUAGAAGAGCUCGUCGAAUUCCUCCAUCAUGGGAAUACUCAGAUCAGGCAAAUUGCUUGCGAGCAUCUGGUCGGUCAUUCGUCAGACCCGGCCAUCUUCAAGCGGCCCCAACUGGUACCUGUCCAAGAUCUGAAAUUACUAGUGAGAGACUACCCGCCUAUUGCCAAAAAUGUCCUCACCAUCCUUAUCAAUAUUAGCGGCGAUGCCGAGAUUCUAGACAACCUGGCCACCGACGAUGCAUUCAUAGAGACAUUGUUGAAGAAAAUCACAGACCCGAAGGAGACAAACGCGAAUGAGGUUGCCAUGCUUCUCGCAAAUCUGGCCAAGUCCGAUGCGAUGGAGAAAGUAAUAACGCUCAAACGCUCUCAACCCGAUAAGUCGGUCUCCACGUCUCUAUAUGCUCUUGAUCAACUGUUCGACCUGUUCGUCAAGGGCGCUGACGGCAGCCUAAAUAAGCAUGCCGACUUCGACUAUCUUGCCUAUCUUCUGGCCGACAUGUCUAAACAUAAGGCUGGCCGAGAUCACUUUCUGAGCAAACGAGAGUAUGAUGGCGUUGUCCCGAUAAGUAAGCUGACGGUGUUCACGGAGCAUGCAAGCCAUGUCAGAAGAAGAGGAGUCGCACACACGAUCAAGAACGUAGCCUUUGAGGUUGACAGACAUCCGUUACUAAUGGCGGAGGAUACCGAAACCGUGGAUGGUACGCCCGGGGUCAACGUGCUACCAUACAUUUUACUACCUCUUGCGGGUUCAGAAGAGUUCGCAGAAGAAGAAUCCGCAAACAUGCUUCCGGACCUACAGUUGCUGCCACCGGACAAGGCGAGAGAAAGUGAUAAUGAUAUUCUGGUGACUCAUCUGGAAACAUUGCUGUUACUGAGUACGACCCGCGCAGGGAGGGACAAGCUUAGGGCCGUCCAGGUCUAUCCACUGGUCCGGGAGACCCAUUUGCAUGUGGAGGAUGAAGGGGUGAGGGAGGCUUGUGACCGCUUGGUCCAGAUCCUCAUGAGAGACGAAGAAGAGGGUAGAGAGAGGGAAGGGGAGGAGGGGGAUGAUGAGAAAACGAUUGAGGAGAUAUUCUGA